AUGUUGCCCCUUCAGACGCCAACGCAAGGGAAGGGUCCAGCUCCGCGGGAGGCUGUGCCGUGUGACGAGGUCGGCGCAGUGAAACAGCCGGAGGAGCUGGACGCCUCUGAACCAGGACAGGACCGGGGCUGCAGCAGUGGGAAUCCUACAGCCCAGCUGCAAAGUGAGAAAGAACCGAGCUCCGUGGGUGAAGGCGAUGUAGUGACCCCCCCAGAUCUCGGGGCUGAUGCCGACAAACGCGCCGAAGAGGGGCGCAGCGCCCCAGCAGAGAGCGAGGACGGGCAGAACGUCAGCAACGUGUCCUCUGGGUGGGACAGCGCUGUCCUGGAGGCAGAGUCCCUUGAGGACUGCCUGGAAAUUCCACUUGAGGACUUAAAGAAGCUUCCUCGAACUCGGUCUGGUCUCCAGUCCUACAGGAAUCACUUGAUCAUGGAGCUGCUGUGGUUGCAACAAGCUAUCGCCAGCCGUAAAAACUACUUGAUGCUGAAACAGAAGCUGGGAGCUCCUGACCCGUAG